GCCACCGGCACCGCCAGCCCCGCGCGCCCCGCCCCGGCGCCGCGCCUGACGCCACUUCCGCCGCCCUCCGCGCCCGGCGCGGCCCCGCCGGCGGAGCGGAGCCGCCGCCCGCCGCCGACAUGGACGACGACGUGGUGCUGGUCAGCGAUUCGGACUCGGACAUCAUUGAUCUGACCUGUGAGGAAACAAACACAGCCCCAGUGCCACUGAGCAGCCUCGACACCAUCGACCUGACUAUGGACAUGUGCAGCUCUCUCCGCUCCACCCUUGGUGCUACCCAGAACCCCAGAAACGCUGCCCCAGCAGCGCACAUGUCCCAUCCCCAGCUCUGCCCCACCACAGAAGAAGAAGUGCAGGCAGCGGCAGAGCUGAACCCUGCACCAGCAUCGCAUAGCACUUGUGCAAAGCUCAGUUCCACCAUGGUCACAGCAGAAAUCAUGGAGAACUGCAGCUGCCUUUCUCCUGUCUCUAGGCGCCACAGCUGGAGCUCAGAGCAGGAUUACAGCACUACUGCCUUUAGCAGCAACUUGAACUCGCAGUCGAACUCAGACUGCCUGUCCCCGUCUCCCCCCAGCCUGGAGAGCAACAGCAGCUGGAGAGCUGAUGGCCCAGAGGAAGAUGCUCCCCAGCCCUGCCAGGAAAGGAACCUCCCCCCAAGGCUGAGCCCUGCCCCAACUAUUCCUACAACACCAGGAAAGACCCAAAGGUCUUUGCUGGAAACAAGUGACUUCCCACCACAUCAGCCAAUCCAGACAUCCACCCCAGCCAGGACUGAUGCUGACAGCAAGGCCUGGCUGGACAAACUGCACAAUUUCAGCAGGAAUGGAGUCCAGCACCUCUUCCUCCAAGGCAUAGCACCCAACAGGGAAACACAGCAGAAACCUGGGCUCAUCCCCCGCAUGAAGCUGAGUAUGGUGCACACCACUAUGGAGGAGAACUUCCUGGAGGGCACCUUGUAUUUCCUGAAUGAGUUUGUCUCCUGCCAGCAUGGUCCCCCCAAAGAAAUCAUCUGCCACCUGAUCAAACAGAUGCUGUCAGACACCCAUGAAGAGGAGAUCCUGAGUGACAUCUACAUGCUGCUGAUGAAGAUCCAAAUGCUCCAUCCAGCCAACAGCGCCACAGUGGGAUGGGACUGGACACUGCUGAAAUUCAUCAUGGAGGACGAGGAGAAGCCCCCUGGCCGGCUCCUCUUCCUGCAGUACGUGGUACAGACCCUGGAGGAUGACUUCCAGCACAGUCUGAAGUCACACCAGCUGCAGAAGUCAAUUGCCAAGAAAGUACUUUCAUGUGACUUGUGCUUCAACAAUGUCAAGGAAGUGGUCAAGUGGUUGGUGGCAGCAGUUACAGGAAUCGGGUUCUCCCAGCCCCAGAAGCAGCUGCAAGAAGCCAGCUCAUCUUCACCAAGGCUGGCCAGCACUCAGACAGACCAGGCUCAGACAGCUUUCUUUGCCCAAAAGACGAUGCUCCUGCUCCAGCGGAUGUUGUCCAUGGCAGUGGAAGUGGACAGAUCUCCCACCUGCAGCUCCCGUAAGAUUGCAGAUGACAUAUUCCUGUUCAUACUGCACAUCCCCCUGAGGAGCCAAAGGGAAGCCUUAUUAAACACCAUGGAGAGCCAGCUCCUGCGCUGCAGACUGCUAGAGCUGUUAUUCCAGUACAGCUGUGAUGUGCCCACAGUCUCGUCCAUGUCUCUGGAAAAGAUCCUGUAUUUCCUGAGCCACUCCUCUGUACUGCCACAAUUCCAGGAUGAAACAGCAACAUGGCAAAGGUGGGAUGAGAUGCUGCAGUACUUGAGUUUGCUGCUGCUGAGUUACCAAAGUGUAAAACUGGAGCACCUGCACACCUCUGUCAGUGACCGCGUGGAUCUGAUCACUCAGAAAGCCAAGCCCAGGCCCCAGGACAGCGAUGACAUCAGCGAGCUGGACAUUCAGCUGAAGAUGAACAACUUCAUCAACAGAAUACAGGACACCCUGGCACAGCCUUUUCCCCCACAAAUCCAGGAGAAAUUGUUCAUGCUGCAGGAGUUGUUAUUCGUUGUCAUUGCUGCCUGAUGGAGACAACCUCUGAAGCAAGGGGGAGAAAAGUUCAUGUUCUCAAUAUAAACCCUCUGAUCUCAUGCUGCAAUCUCAGCAUCAUGGGGGUUGGUUUAUACAGUUCUUUUGAAAGAUGUUUGGUUUACAUUGUCUCAGCAUUUCCGUUUGUGCAGUUUUACAAAGCACUUUGUACACUUUAAAAAAUAAAUUUUUUUUUUCAUGUUUGCUAAGACUUUCAUCUUGGUGCCAGUGAUGCCCAAAGGAAGUCCAGAGCUCUGUCAGAUCACACCACAAGGCCACGCUUUAACCCCAACCUUCCCAAUCUGUGAGAUUCACCUGACCACAGCCUGUACCUCAAUACCUAAAUCUGUUCCAUGACUUUUAGCUCAGCUCACACUCCAGGAGCACAGGGAGCACCAGCAUUCAGAGCUCAGACUUCCCCAGCUCAGGAGAAUCAUGUGCUCCAUCAGGCAAUACUUUAAAGAGCAGCUAAAAACACUGCAACAGCACCAAACCACAACUUUCCAGAGGGGAACUGGGCACCUCUAGGGAAACACCAGCCUAGUUUCCACGCCUGUGCCCACCUCCAUAGUACAGGUGGAAAUACAGCUCACAAACAACAAGAGACAAAAUCUCAGGAACAUGAAUUUGGGUUGCUCAAGAAAACACAAAGACUUCAUGUUUAGUUUCAUCUCCACAAGCCCCAAGACAGAACUGAGCCUGGCUGUAAACCCAGUCUCCCUGUGAAAGGGGAGUUUGUGGGCAAAUAUAUCACCCCAGUGAGGUGCUGCCAGAGCCUCAUCCACCAGAACCUUGACCCACACUCACUGGGCAGCCCCACAUUUCUCCCACAGAUGCUUUGCCAGCACCAACACACACUGUGGAUGUCCAUUCCACAAGGCUUUUAUUGUCCUGUAACAAACAAAACAAACACACACAUUAGGAGACGUGAAUACAGUCAACAAAUAAAUUAAUGUCAAAUGAGAGCCUGAUUGCCAAGGUGCAAAUGAGCGGUGACAGAACUGCUGGUUUGGGUGGGGACUUUCACACAUAACAUCACUGGCAGUGCUGCUGAAGCUUGAGAGAAAGCAGUGCUACAAAACGUGCUGCUUCAGAGGGGCCAGCAGCCAGUCAAGGGAGCCAACCCUGUCUCACCCUCCAGGGAGAGUUUGGUUUAAGAAGGCAGAAACCCUGGAGCUCAACAGUUACCACCUGUUAAGUAACCUCUGCAUAAUGUCCUGGCAACAGAGAAACUUCCAGAUGCAAGGCUGCUGCUGGCUGAGGGACUGCAACACAAUCAGGAGAUCAAGAGCAGACCUGAGGAGACCCAUUUGCCACAGCACAGGUGAGGAUUACAGAGCAGUGCUGCCUAUCAAGCUUAAGGGAUCAGAGGGUAGCCAGGAAUUCCUUCCACAUUUCCUCAAAGCCAGUGUUGGCUGUUCCCAGGAACUGGUUCAGACUAGGUCAAGGAUCACAUUCAGCUGUACCUUAGCAGGUAGGAAUGUUUAGUCUUGGUUUGCUAUCAGUCCUCCCCCAGCCCUGCAGAACAACUUAAUGCUGAUAAAACAAAAUACCCUGUCUGAGAAGUGUUUCCGGUGUCUAACACAUUCUACACGAUUCUAGGAAAAAAAAAAAAACAAAAA